AUGUCUUCAACUUUUCUUUCUUUUAUUUAUUUUUCUUCUUGCUUAUUUCCUUUUUGUUUCUUUCUCUCAAUCAGUCAUUUGUCCUUUCUUUCGUUUUUAUGUCUUUAUUUUUUCCUUUUUUCAAAUUAUUUUCAUUAUCUUUUCCAUAUUUCUUUCUUUCUUUCUUUUUUUAUUUUCUUUCAUUCUUUUUUUCUUUCUUUCUUCUUUCUUCCUUUCUUUCUUUCUUUCUUUCUUUCUUGCUUGCUUGCUUGCAUUAUCCGUGGUGUUUUCUUUCUUUCUUUCUUUCUUUCUUUCUUUCUUUCUUUCUUUCUUUCUUUCUUUCUUGCUUUUUUUGCAUUAUCCGUGGUGUUUUCUUUCUUUCUUUCUUUCUUUCUUUCUUUCUUUCUUUCUUUCUUUCUUGCUUGCUUGCUUGCUUGCAUUAUCCGUGGUGUUUUCUUUCUUUCUUUCUUUUUUUCUUUCUUUCUUUCUUUAUUUCGAUUAUUUUUCUCUCUUUUUUCUUUGUUCAGUUCUCCUUUCUUUCUUUUUUUCUCUCCCGGUCACUCUUUCGUUUCUUUCCUCUGGAUUCUCAUUCACUUUUCAUUUUAUUUAUUAUCCCUCCCAUUGUUUCUUUCUUUCUUUCUUUCUUUCUUUCUUUCUUUCUUUCUUUCUUUCUUUCAUCCAUUCUUUUUUUUCAUUCAUUUUUUAUUCUCUCUCCCUUUAUUUCUUUCUUUUUAUUUUCUUUCUUCCUUUCAUUCUAUUCUUUUCUUUCUUUCUUUCUUUCUUUCUUUACUUUACUUUCUAUAUGUUUACACAUUUUUUUUAAUAUAUUCCCCCCCCUCUCUCUCUCUCUCUCUCGCGCGCGCUCUUUCUCUCUCUUCACUUUUUUCUUGUCUCUUUUUUUCGUACGUCUUUAAUUGUUCGUCCUUUCUUUUUUUUCUGGUCAAAUAUUCCAUUCCUAUUAUUCUUCUUUUUCUUUCUUUUUUCUUUUCUCUCUCUCUCUCUCUCUCUCUCUCUCUCUAUUUUUUCUUCCUUCUUUUUUCUUUUUCUUUCUUCUUCCUUUUUUGUUUAUUUAUCUUUCUUUCACUGAUCUACCGUUUUCAUUCUUUUCCCUUUCCUUCGUUCAUUCAUUCUUUCUUUCUUUCUUUCUUUCUUUCUUUCUUUCUUUCUUUCUUUACUCACUUUCAGACUUUUCAUUUUUUUCAAAGUUGUAGUUUUUUCUUUUUCUUUCUUUCUUUUUCUUUCUUUCUUUCUUUCUUUCUUUACUCACUUUCAGACUUUUCAUUUUUUUCAAAGUUCUACUUUUUUUUUUUUUUUUUUUUUUUCUUUUCUUUUUCUUUCUUUCUUUUUCUUUCUUUCUUUCUUUCUUUCUUUACUCACUUUCAGACUUUUCAUUUUUUUCAAAGUUCUACUUUUUUCUUUCUUUUCUUUUUCUUUCUUUUCUUUUUCUUUCUUUCUUUUUCUUUCUUUCUUUCUUUCUUUCUUUACUCACUUUCAGACUUUUCAUUUUUUUCAAAGUUCUACUUUUUUCUUUCUUUUCUCUUUCUUUCUUUCUUUUUCUUUCUUUCUUUCUUUCUUUCUUUACUCACUUUCAGACUUUUCAUUUUUUUCAAAGUUCUACUUUUUUCUUUCUUUUCUUUUUCUUUCUUUUCUUUUUCUUUCUUUCUUUUCUUUCUGAAAAUUUUCUUUCUUUACUUUUUUUUCAGACUUUUCAUUUUUUCAAAAGUUCUACUUUUUUUUUUUUUCUCUUUCUUUCUUUUCUUUUUCUUUCUUUCUUUUGACUUUUCUUUCUUUCUUUCUUUUUUUCUCACUUUCAGACUUUUUUUUUUUUUUCAAAGUUCUACUUUUUUCUUUCUUUUCUUUUUCUUUCUUUUCUUUUUCUUUCUUUCUUUUUCUUUCUUUCUUUCUUUCUUUCUUUCUUUUGUCACACUUUCCAUUAAACGAUACGCGCUCUCUUUUCCAACCCGACAAACAUCCUUUUUUUUCGUUCUUUCGUUUACUUUCAUUCUUUCUUUUUUCUUUCGUUCAUUCAUUCUUUCUUUCACGCUUUCAUUCUUUCUUUCUUUCAACCAAUAUUUCUCCACUGUUUCUUUCCUUCCUUCUUUCUUAAUAUCACUCCAACCCUUCUUUCUUUCUUUCUUUCUUUCUUUCUUUCUUUCUUUCUUUCUUUCUUUCUUUCUUUCUACCAAUAUUUCUCCACUCUUUCUUUCUUUCUUUCUUUCUUUCAAUAUUUCUUCACUGAUCCGUGGGUGCGGUGGCAGUACGUAUCUCUUUUUUUUAAGCUUUCUUUUCUUCCCGCUUCGAAAAGAAAAGAAAAAAAAAACUGUUGAUCUUUUCAUUUUCCCUCCACUUUCGCGGUUUUCGUCCUACUGA